AUGACAGUCCCGGCUACCAACGGCGCCUCGUCCAACGGCAACGGCCACGUCGAUGACCACGCUUCAGCUGCCGGCUUCUCCACCAAGGCCAUCCACGUCGGCUCCGAGCCAAACGCAGCCACCGGCGCUGUCAUCCCACCCAUCAGCUUGAGCUCCACCUUCGCCCAGGAUGGCAUCGGCAACCACAAGGGCUACGAAUACUCUCGCUCAGGCAACCCCAACCGAGACUCGUUCGAGCGUGCACUCGCUGCUCUCGAAGGUGGUAGCCGCGGUCUGGCUUUCUCGUCUGGAUCCGCCGUCACUGCUACCGUGCUCAACUCGAUGCCGUCCGGCUCGCACAUCGUCUCGGUCAACGACGUCUACGGCGGCACCUACCGCUACUUCACCAAGGUGGCCACCGUCUCGCAAGGCAUCCAGACCACCUUUGUCGAGAUGGACGGCGCUGAGGCCGACGUAAGCGAGCGCGUCAAUGCUGCCAUCCGCAAGGAGACCUCGCUCGUCUGGAUCGAGACCCCCACCAACCCCACCCUUCGCGUCGUCGACAUCCCCCUUAUCGUCAAGCUCGUCCGAAACCACCCCAACGCAAGCAAGGACAUCAAGAUUGUCGUUGACAACACCUUCAUGAGCCCUUGGUUCCAAAACCCUCUCGCUCACGGUGCCGACCUGGUGAUGCACAGUGUCACCAAGUACCUCAACGGCCACAGUGACGUUGUCAUGGGCGCGGCGGUGCUCAACGAUGAGGCAUGGGCGGAUCGCCUGGCUUUCUUGCAGAACAGCAUCGGUGCCAUUCCAUCCCCCUUCGACUGCUGGCUCGCUCUUCGUGGUCUCAAGACGCUCGCGCUUCGCAUGAAGGCACACGGCGAGUCUGCCCUCGCCAUUGCUCAGUUCCUCGAGGCUCAUCCUUCCGUCGAGACCGUCAUCUACCCCGGUCUUCCUUCCCACCCCGGUCACCAGGUGGCACGACGACAGAUCACCAAGCGUGCUGCUGCUGCGGGCCCCACGGGCGAGAACGGCGCUUUCGCGUACGGCGGCAUGAUCUCGUUCCGCAUCAAGUCGGACCCUGCCGACGACGGACCGGCCGACAAGCUGCUCUCCAACCUCAACGUCUUUACGCUUGCCGAGUCGCUCGGAGGCGUAGAGAGCUUGAUCGAGCUGCCCUCCAAGAUGACCCACGGCUCGGUAGCGCUCGAGGACAGGAUCAAGAUUGGUAUCGGCCACAACCUCAUCCGCGUCAGUGUGGGUAUUGAGGAGACGGCCGACCUCAUCAAGGAUCUCGAGCGAGGCAUCAAGGCUGCCGGUCUCUGA